AUGCUGAUUGUUAGUGCGGAGAAGGCCGCCGUUUCUGAUAGCCAUGCGGCCGACCAGCUUCGGGGACGCCACCUGGACUGGUCCAAUCGCCCAAGUCCGCCUUCCAAAGCGGUCCAAGCCUUUAUCGAUCCGCUGAUAAGAAUACUUGUCUCGUCGGGCGAAAGCGCCUUGUCGGCGGACUGCGACUUCCCUCUUAUCGGCUCUACUCUUGCCGGUUGUGGCAUGCUUUGGCACGCUGCCGGCAUUACUCCGACACCUAUGGCGCUAUGGGCCAAUCACAAUAAGCUGCGCGCACUGCCGCUGGCGGAUAUGCCGACAAUUUGCUGUUCGAAGCGUUUAUCUCCAUCGCUGCUUCCGUCGCUCUUCCGUCGCUCCUCCGUUCUUAUCUUCACGCCGAUCGCAGAACAUAUUCGAUACAGCAGCAUUGCCCAACCGAGCGCAGCAGUCCUCUACUUUAUCUGUUCACCGGCUUUUGUCCUCCACGGCGGAGAAUGCGCUUUUAAGCCACUGCCAGCUACUCCGUAG